AUGGUAAUGAGUAAAAUAAUAAGAGAGUUAGACAAUGACUUGGAGAGAAUUUGUUUCAGUUUAGUCUGUAAGAGAUGGUUCGAUCAAAGAGAUAAAUAUCUUUGGUUCAACUGUGAUCUUGAAUGUCGUCAAAUUGAACCAUCCUACACUAAAAUGAUAUCAGAUACAAAUAUGAAUGAUAGAGCACUCAAAAAGAUAAGUCAAUCCAACAUCUAUUCGUUGAAGGUAAUAAGCACUUCAAUGUCAACCGCUAGAAUCAAAACUCUGUCGAAUAUCAAAGAGAUUACAUCGCCCAAUCGCAUCAAAGAAUCAUAUCUUCCUGAACGACUCGAAAAAUUGAAAUAUACCAAUCCUAUUGGUACACUUGAUGUUCCUCAGCUACCCAGAACACUCAAAGUUCUAAAGGUACAUGGUAUUACACAACAAAUUGAUGUUGGCACUUUCCCACCUAAUCUUGAGGGAUUGGUGUUUGUUUCUGACACAAAAUCUUUGGAAUCAUCAGACACAACAGCACAACUUCCUUUAACAUUGAAAAAUGUUUCAAUAUCAACGUGCUGGUUGCAAAACAUCAGAGAUUUGAAAUCGAUUGAAACUCUAAGUUUGGUAGCUGUCGAUGGCUAUUCCAUUAAAGCAGGUGACAUUCCAUCAUAUAUCACACAUCUUACUCUUUUAAAUCCUGGCACACCAAAAACGAUCACACCAGAACUCAUACCCAAAGAUAUUAAAUAUUUGAAAUUGGAAUCGAAAAUUAAAUUCAAGACCAAUUUCUUUUCUGGUUUCGAGCAACUGGAGACUUUGGAUCUCUCUUUGCUGGAGGAUUACAGCUCAAAUAUUGGAGAACUACCACGCAAUCUCGUUAAACUUUGUUUGCCAAAUAAUUUGAGCAAACCAAUUAAUCAAAUUAUGGCACUACCAGAUAGUUUACAGCAUUUGGAUAUGAAUAACCACUACAAGCACAAAGUAAUUGGUCUACCGCAAUCACUGAAAUCCAUUGUCCUUGGUAACAAUUCAAUUAUACAACCAAGAUCUAUACCUCGAUCAGUGGAGACAGUUUACUUCACGAAUGAUUGUAAAUUGAUUAUUCCUGAAGAAUGGCCACCAUCAACAAGAUCUAUUUACAUCAACGAUGCCAUUGUCCCAACAUACAUACCAAAAACAGUAAACACCAUUACAUUCAAUAUCGAUAGCAACAAAUCCAACCACAGAACAUUCCACCUUAGAAGAUUAUCAGAGAAAUCAUUCAUUGUUUAUGCGACUAAUACUCCUAAAUUCAUUGCGUUCAUUGUUCAAGAUCUAUUAGGUUCACGACUUCGAUUUCAAGAAUUAUUAAUUAAUUCUGGCUCAAUAAAAUGA